AUGAAACUAGUUUUCUUGAUUUUCACUCUAAUCCCAUCCGUCUUUCUGCUUUCAUCAGCCCGAGCCUCAACGACAACCAACACAACCCAAGAAUGCCCCCUCGAACUCGACUACGUCCUCACAAUCCCAUGGAACAACUCGGAUUGCACGAAUUCCCAAAACCCAAACAGCCCCUUAUCCCGAACCAGCUGCUGCCAAACCCUACUCUCCCUCUUCGGCAUAGCCCUCUCCAAAUACCUCCAAAGAUCCUCCCUUUUUCAGCUCCCAAACCUGCCCACCUCAAUUUCUUGCCUCCAAAGUUUCCAAUCCAAGCUCAAUUCCCUCUCGCUCGCCCCCAAUUUGACCUCUCUCUGCUUCGAUCCCCUGCAAUUCGCGACAUCCCCAAACAUAUGCGCCGCGAUUCGGACCACCGACGACUGGGUGCGGACGGUCGGGAACUGGACCGCCUUGGACUCCUCGUGCCGGUCGGAUUUGAUCGUCCCCACCUCGUGCGACGCCUGCGUCGCCGCCGGAUUCAGGGUUCAGUCCCAGCUAAUCGCCGUCGACGGCAACCGCUCGCACUCCACCGACUGCUUCUAUUUCUCCGUUCUGUACGCUGCUGGGGUCGUGAACGAUUACGGGCCGGAGAGCGCCGGCGCCAUCUCGUGCAUUUUCGGGCUCUCAAUCAGGCCCAAAAGAGGGUCGUCGAGGAAUCGGGCCCCCGCUUUCGUUUUCGGGCUGAUUGGAGCCGGUUUGGCGAUUUUCUCGGUCUUUGCUGUGUUGGGACUGUUUUUGUGGUGGAAUAGGAAAUGCAGGAAAAGGGGUCAUCUAAAAGAAGAGGAUCGAGAGUCCGAGCCCGGGCCUAGAAGGCCCGCCACGGUCUCCAUAUGGUACAAGAUCCAAGAACUCGAGAAAGCCACCGAUAAUUUCUCGUCCCAAAAUUUCAUCGGGCGGGGUGGGUUUGGGCUCGUUUAUAAAGGCUCGUUGCCCGAUGGGUCGGUCAUUGCCGUGAAAUGGGUCAUCGAGUCCGAUUUCCAAGGGAAUGCCGAGUUUUGCAACGAGGUCGAGAUCAUUAGCAACCUCAAGCACCGAAAUCUCGUUCCCCUAAGGGGUUGUUGUGUGGACGACGAUGCCCGUGGGCCCGACAACCCCGACGGGCCUCGUAGGUACCUCGUUUACGACUACAUGCCAAACGGGAACCUCGAGGACCGUUUAUUCCCGCUUUCCGAAAACCGAAACAAACCGUAUUUAUCGUGGCCCGAGAGGAAGAGCGUAAUAAUGGACGUGGCCUGCGGGCUGGCCUACCUACACUACGGGGUGCGGCCCGCCAUCUAUCACCGAGACAUCAAGCUCACCAACAUUUUGCUCGAUGGUGACAUGCGGGCCCGGGUCGCGGAUUUCGGGCUGGCCCGAAUGAGCAUGGAGGGCCAAUCCCACAUGACGACCCGAGUUGCCGGGACCCAUGGGUACCUGGCGCCCGAGUACGCGCUAUACGGGCAACUGACGGACAAGAGUGACGUGUACAGCUUUGGGGUCGUGGUUUUGGAGAUAAUGUGCGGGCGGAAGGCGUUGGACUUGAGUUCAGGCCCAGCCCGAUCAUUCCUGAUCACAGACUGGGCCUGGGCCCACGUGAAGGCGGGCCAGAUGGAGAAGGUGUUGGAUGCCCGUCUUUUGGAAGGUCGGGAGAAUCCGAGGGGGUUGAUGGAGAGGUUUGUGCUCGUGGGUAUUUUGUGUGCGCACGUGAUGGUGGCCUUGAGGCCCACGAUUGUCGACGUGGUGAAGAUGUUGGAGGGCGAUUUGGAGAUUCCGGUGGUGCCCGACAGGCCGGGCCCGCUGGCCCAUCCUUCAUUUAGUAUUUCGCCGGCUUUGAGUGCACCGCGGUUGGAUUGUGGAGAUAUGCUUAGAUGA